AUGGCAACCCAAACCUGCGUUCUGAUCAARUGCUAYGAGGAAGCUGAAAAAAGASGAUUGACUUUAUUGUGUUCUUUCAACCGUCGUUUUGACCCAGGACACGGCAGGGUUAUACAUGAAGCACGAAGUGGUAGCAUGGGUACCAUCCRUAGCAUCACCACUACAAGUCGUGACAGUCCUAUACCAUCAAUUGCAUWCCUAAAAAUAUCAAAUGGUAUUUUCCAUGAUUGUGGGACACAUGACAUUGACAUGGUACUGAAAAUCGCUGGUGAGCCACCAAGCACUGUGUAUGCACAAGCUCAUUCCUUUAUCCCAAGUGUCGCAGAACUAAACGAUGUAGACUGUGUUAUGAUAAGCUUAAAAUUCCCAAGUGGUAUACUCGCUACAAUCAAUCUUGAUCGCACAUCACCUUUUGGUUAUGACCAGCGGCUUGAGGURCAUGGUGACAAAGCUAUGAUGAUUAGUGACAACCCAAGACCUACAGCUGUACAGGUUCAUGGCGGAGGAGGCGUUAACCUGAACAAAUGCCAUAAUUCCUUCCCACAGCGCUAUGCUGAGUCCUACAAGGGUGCACUAAAUCAUUUUAUAGAUGCARUYCAAGGGAAAGCCGAUAUUAUAGUGACUGCUGAGGAUACCAUAUUAGCAAGUAAAGUAGCUGAUGCAUGUGAGCAUUCGUACAAAACUCAACAAGCUGUCAAGUUUUGCAAUUAAGUAAGUCAAACUACCAAAAAUCAUUGAACUAUUACAAUGUAUUUAUACUGCAGUAUUUUGUGGACCUACAUUUUUAUUAAUAAAUUUAGUGAUAUUCAAAGGCAUUCACUAUAUCUGCAAGUAUCCACAAUCACCACAUAUUAUAAUCGUGUGUUGUAGUAAAUCAUGGCCCAAUGUGAAAUGUUGGAUGUGGAUUUCCACACCAUCCAAAAUUUGUAUCUGUUACUAGGGUUUCUAGGCAUAAUCUUCGUGGYUAUAAGGACAUUUCAUUAAUUCCAGCUUUUGGAAGGUUAGUUUUAAACCUUUAAAGGCAACAUUAGAUGUUGGGGGUUUUGAGUCUGAUGCCCCUAAACUUUGGAAUGCUUCUCUCGAUAUCAGGAAUGAAGAAUCGCUAAAUAAGUUUAAAUCAGGCAUUACGUCCUUUAAAAUUAGUUGUACUGAAUAAUUCAGUCGUAUAUUUGUAUAGAUUUCAAUUUAUUGUAGCAUAGUUUUUAGUCUUUACAUUUUAUAUUUGUAUUUCAUAAGGGAUUAAUCUCUCAUCACUUAAUAAAUAAUUUGAAUUUGCAUUUAUUUUUAGUUUG